CCAUUCUUAUUCGCAGUCGAAAGCACAGACGACGUAUUCAACUACAAUGGCCACCACAGACCAGUCCAGCGAAUCACAGCUCGAAGAUUUUAGUGGAUUAUCCAUCAAUGAAGGCACACCCGGCUCAGAGUUCGAAGGAAAAGAUAUGAAUGAGAUUAAUGAUGUUCAUGAGAAGUGGGGUUUGCGGCUGAGUGAUGUGUAUCGACUGGCAGUGCAGUUUUACAGAGAGAAAGAAGGCAAAGCUGUUCACUUUUCAUACCAAGAUAAAUUAAAGCUUGUUGCUUACACUCAACAAGUUGUGCGAGGAAAAUUCAAUGAAGAGAAACUGCCACCUUUGGGGGUCUUGGAUGUCCCUGGCAGGGACAGAAGACUUGCAUGGCAAGCGCUUGGUGAUAUGGGCCAAGAAGAGGCAAUGAAGAGCUUUGUUGACCUUUUGGACUCAUUGUGCCAUCUUUUUAAACCUUUCAUAGAGGCUCACAAACGAGAUGGUGAAGAACGUGAAAGGCUAGCCCAAGAACAAGAGGAAAGGGAAAAGAAAUUAGAGGAAGAGCAACGACUCCAGGCAGAACAAGAACGUUUGAAGGAAGAGGAGGCUCUUCAACAAGAAGCUCAAAGGAGGAAAAUCCAAGAGGCAUUAAAUCAGCAAACAUUUGCUCAGUUUAAAUCAUAUGCUGAACAGCAGUUUCCAGGAAACCCAGAACAGCAAGGAGUUCUUAUUCGUCAACUCCAGGAACAACAUUAUCAUCAAUACAUGCAGCAACUUCUGCACCAGCAGUCAAGUGGAACUGGGGCAAAUGACAAGGAAGAUGAAUGUCCUGUGCCCAAUCUUGCCCAUGAGAAUCUUACCUACUAUACUAAUGGUAGUAAAGCAUUGACAAUGGCCACAAGCACUGGAACCAUAAUUUCGAAUGGAAAUAUUGAGGAAGGAGUUUCGGAGGGUGAUGAUGAAAAUUUACUAGACUUCCCUGAAAUUUCACCAGCUUCUAUGUGGACCCACAAAGAACUUAAAGAUUUCAAGGAAUCAAUAAGAAAAGAAGCAAGUGAAGCAGUUAUUAAAGUUGGUCAUGGGGAAACAGUCACUCUCAGAGUACCAACCCAUGAAAAAGGCAGCAGCCUGUAUUGGGAGUUUGCCACCGAUAAUUAUGAUAUUGGCUUUGGUGUUUAUUUUGAAUGGACCAAACCAACAACAAGUGCUGUCACACUUCAUGUCUCUGAAAGUGAAGAUGAAGAUGAGGAUGAUGACGAUGAUGAUGAAGAGAUAGUAUAUCCGGAAGGCUCAGAUAUUGAAGCUGGCGCAGAAAAAGCUCAGAAGUCAAGUGCUCUUAACCGACCUCUUGUGUCAGUUAUUGUGCCUGUUUACAGGAGAGAUUGUCAAGAAGAGGUGUAUGCUGGUCUUCAUCAGUAUCCUGGAGAAGGUGUUUAUUUAUUAAAAUUUGAUAACUCUUACAGCCUUUGGCGAUCCAAAACAUUAUAUUAUAGGGUAUACUACCAUCCUUGAACAAGGUUAAGAAAAAUCAGUAUUUAUCUGUAUUUGUAUUAGCACAGGGAAGUGAUGUUUCCCUCAAGUAUCUCAAGUUGUUCCUUUCUUUUGUAAAAUAGACACUGUGUUCAGUGGGUCAAGUUAUAAGAUUAUAUUUUCCUGUUGUGUUAAAUGUGCUUGGACUAGAAGAAAUAUUUGACAAAAGGUACAAGUACAAUACAUCUAUGAGAAUGAGAUCAUAUGUCUAUUCUAUUCCAAAUUAAUUUUUCAAUGAGGGUGCUUUUAACAUAAAAAAUUUGAACAAAAUGGCUUUAUUGUCAUUAUAAUUAUGGUUCAUUCCCAAAGUCUAUCGUGGUUAUGCUGGAAAUUUCAAAGGGCUCUCAAACUGUCUGACAUAUUUUAGAAUGUUAUGUCAUUGGAAUGAUGUUUAUGGAAUGUUAGCUUUCAUGGUUGGCAUUUGUUUUGGCUGUGCAUCAGGAUUUUCAGUUAAUUUAAAUUUAUUGAUUUUAUUGGAUGACAUCAAUAUCUGUUGGCAGGAGCUAUUUGCACUGUGUUUGUGAAAAUUGCAUUUACAUAAACAACAUUUGUUUUCUAAAUUGAAUAAGGUUUAGAUCAGGAAAAAGCUCAUGAGUUUAUGAGAAAUUUGAUGUUCAGUACGAAAGUUUCUCUCACCAAAAUAGUAGGUAGCCCAUGACUUUCAUUUUGUCUCUCAAGUAAAAUUUGAGUAUGAGUAUUUGUUCAUUGUACACCGAGUGAAAAUAUCUGUCUAUUGACAAGCAUUUCUUUGCACGUGUGUGCACAGUCAUUUUUGUGUUGAAAUCAUUUUUAUCUGCAUAUACAUGUUUCUUUUUAUGAUGACCCAAAUGCACCAGUGGAAAGAAAAAUGACCAUUUUAUUGUGACUGUUUCAAAAGUAAUUUAUAAUUAAGUCCUGAGUGAAAGUUUUGUGUAUCCUACAGCAGUUAGCUGUAUUUUCUAUCUAUCUACCUACCGUACAACGCAUAUUGAACUACUAUUAACAUAAUGUUAUUCUACAGUAGAAGUGUCUUCUUCUGUCAUGUGCCUGUGCCAAUAUGCUAUUAAGAAAUCAAAAGCAAGGCCUCAGUGUUAUUAUUAUUCUAUGAAAAUAUACAAAACUUUUUAGAAUUGGACUUGAACUGAUUAAGAAUAGGAGGUAUACAGAUACAACGCACAUACUUACUGGUUCAGUAAAGAGCAGUAAACAGGUAUCUGAUGGCCAAAAUACAAUGUAAACUUCAUUUUUGUGCAGUGAUGUGGGUAGCAACAACCAAGUGUUAGUACAUUUGAGAAAAUCAUUGAGCAAAAAUCUGCUGUUAUUAUUUUGUUGUGCGUUUAUGAUAUAUUUUAUUACUAUUAAAGUUGUUUUUCACAUACAGUAAAAUUUUCUAGAGUCUUUUGUGAGUUAGUUUUUAGGGCUAUAAGCUGUCUCCUUUAAUUUAAUACAGAUUGAGUCCAUGACCUGACCAUGAUUGUGUUUUUUGGACUCAUACUCAAGGUGCUGAUGAACUUUUCAGAAGUGCUCCCUGAAGUAAAUUUCUUUACUUAAAUUCAUGGUCUUAGGCAGUCAGCUGGUUCAGAUAUAUCACAUCACGUAUGUUGCCAAUAAAUUACAUUCAUGGUUGGUCA